AUGGUGGAUAGUCUCAUAAGUGAUGAUAAUGACCAACAUCUAGCAGCUACUCUUGUUGCUUAUCGCCAUCGUUUCCAACAGUCAAAGACUUACAAAGCUCUACAAUGGUCACAAAAGAGUCAAAUCGAACCACCUGUUUGUGAAUUAUGCGAUAUGGCCGUACCUCUCAAUGUAGUGAUCGAAGUACUUACUAAAUCACGUCUUACCAACAAGCAACUAUGUGCAAUUACUUUUGGCUGUGAGAAGCAAUCGGAUUUUCCUGUAUUCAGUUGGAAUGUCACAUUUCCCGAUAAACCAAAACCACCUCCUCGGCCACCACAACCUCCUGCGUUGAUUCAUUGGUUACAAUAUGCUGAAGAUCACAAUGAAAAAGUUCAUAUUAUUGGACAUCAUCCACCACAAGAUUGUUUAGUUGCAUUUAGUUGGAACUUUCACAAAAUUAUCAAUCGAUACGAAAAUACAAUUGCUGGCCAAUUUUAUGGUCAUAGGCACAACGAUGAGUUUGCUGUAGUCUAUGAUGAAGUCGACCCAAAACGACCUGUCUCAAUGAUGUACAUAGGACCAUCGCUUACAACUGAAUCCUUCUUAAAUCCAGGUUAUCGUGUAUUUUCAAUCGAUGGUGACUAUUCAGGCAGUUCAUAUUGGGUACUCGAUCAUCGUACAGUGAUUAUGAAUUUGACUGCAUCAAACAUAUACAAUCAAACAAUUUUUGUCGAUGAAUACAGUGCUCGAGGUGCAUAUCAAAUGGAGAAUUUGUUUCCUGAAGAUUGGAACGAUCUAAUUGAAAGAAUGCAAAAUGAUAUAGAUGGUCCACUCAUGAGUACAGUAUACACACACUAUACAAAAUCAUAUGAAAGCGGAAGCAAAUGCUAUCACAAUUGUCGUCGAGAAUUGUUGUGUAGUUUUAAAACGACUCGAUCUGAAGAUCCUCAUGCAUGUGACUAA